ACUUUGCACCCAUGGUCCUAGUGGCAAAAGGAGGAAACAAUGAGAGAAAGAGGACAGACAGCCUUGGGAAGGAAAGACUUCAGAGCAGAAGACUGCGGCGCUGGUGAAGGAAAGCAUGCGCUCUGGCUUCCUUGUUUCCUCUAUCACUAGUCAUUGCUGUUGGUCCAACUUUCUUCCCUGCUGUCUGUCCUUCUGUCUGUCCAUCUGUCCGUCCGUCCAUCUGUCCGUGUGUGUGUGUGUGUGUGUGUGUGUGUGUGUGUGUUGUUAAAGUUGGGGUGGGUGUUGUGAAAAUUCUGCCAGUGCCAGGUGGAUCCCUGCCUGUGUUCCCCACAGCACAACAGCUGCUGCUUCUUCGGCCUUCAGUGAGAGGGAGCAAGGGGGUGGGGAGAGAGGCUAGGCCUGGAUUGGUGCCUACCCUUCAGAGCCAAGCCUUUCUUCCGGAGUUCCACACAGCCUCUAGGCACCAAUGGGAAGCCCAUGGGAGAGUGUUUCCCUCCAGACUAGAGCUGAUCCAAGUUCUGUCAGCCUAAUGUAGAUCUUGGAUAAAUAAGGGUAAUAGGCUUAUUUUUAUAUUUGGAGAAAGUGAAACGCUGCGAAGUUGGGAUCAGCUGUGGGACUCUCUUCAGGUCUUUGAAUUCCCAUGACCUUUCCUGGAACAGCUGUGAGUUUGGAGGAGGCAGCCCUGACCAAAGCCAGAAAGAACCAGUCCAGAGGAGGCUGCAAAUGAGAGACCACAGAGAGAAUACCAAAUGUCUCCUGAGACCAACUCCUCCUUCCUGUGAGCUCCACUGUGAACCCCAGAGCACCUGGGGGUCUGGCUUCUGACUCCUGCUUCUGCUGCUGAAGCAGGACAAUCCACCACACACACCAGCCGGUACCAAGAAUCUCAUCAGGCCAGGUGGUUCACAUUCUCUCAAGAGCCAGAACCAGCUUGUCGGGGCUACAGAGGCAGCGUGCAGAGAUUCCUAACAGUGCUCUGAACUGACAGUCAAGGGUGCAAGGUGUUGGCAUGCUCAGCUGGGCACUGGACCACGAGAUAGAGCAAACAUCAAAGAAGGCCCCAGAAGCUUUUUGGGAUUUCUGGCCAGGAGGUUGGAUCUAAGUGUCCUGAGGAUACCCACACAGGCUGGAAGAGCUGUCAGAGACUACCAAGGCAGCCUGUACUCCACUCCUUCUGUGGCUACCAUAAGGAGUGCCAGGAAACAGGGAGCAAUCAGAAGCCCCUUUUCCCCAAGGACCAGCCGGACCUGUGAAUCUGUGCCGUACAGCCCAAGGCCGGGAAGGCAUGGCACCAGAUGUGGCCUGGCUCCUCGUCCUCCCGCUCGUCUUCCGGACAACUCUGGUGACAGGCAUCACAAUUCAGACGGCCAUCAAGAACUUCCGAACCUUACAUGUUGACUACCCCAUGGUUAACUACCCAAAGGGUUUCCACGGAUACUGUAACGGCCUCAUGGCCUACGUGAGAGGCAAACUGCAGGACUGGUACUGCCCUAAGAUCCACUAUGUGGUCCAUGCCCCCUUGGAAGACAUCCAGAAGUUCUGCAAAUACAGCGAGAGCUUCUGCGAAAACUACAACGAGUACUGCACCCUCACUCAGAACUCCUUCCCCAUCACCAUCUGCACCCUGGCCCGUAAACAGGCACCAACCAGCUGUAGCUACAACAGCACUCUAACGAACCAGAGGCUAUACUUGCUCUGCUCCCGCAAGCAUGACGCUGAGCCGAUAGGUAUCAUUGGUCUCUACUAGGGACUUAGUUCCUAAACCAGUCCCACCUACUACAGGCCCCUCUACAUGCCACACCAAGGCCGGUUCCCAAACUCUGAGUCGGCUUGCGAGUCUUCCUCCUGACACCGGAAGCAGAGCCCCGCCCUCCUUCAGGCUCUUUCGCCUUCUCAUCGCCCCCACCAUGAGCCUUCCUCUCCCAGCGACAGUGAAACCCACCCAAGAAGCAGACUGUGUCCAGCUGGCAGUGCUCGUGGAUCUGCUGGGCCAGAUCCCGACUCCUGGAGGGAGGCCCAGGCCCCAGAUCACACCAUGGCAACAGGCACCCAGCUCCAGUAUCUCUCCCUAGGCCUGUUUUUAGUGUCAGUCAGUCCUCCACCCCCACCACACCUCCAGCAACCCCAAGUUCCCUUCCAAUUCCUGCAAUUAGAACCUCAGGCCCUUUUGCCUCCCUUCCCCUCACCCCCCCUCCUCUCCAGCCUGUACUAAUCUGUGGUUUCCCCUUUCCCUUCAUGUAACCCAUCCUCCCCACCUCCUCCCACCAUGGAGCCUAGUGCUGUUUUCCCCGGACCCUCCCAACCACCAUUAGCCAUGCUGUCUGCCUGUUUCCAGCCGCUGUCCUCCAUCUCUCUCACCUUGGCCCAUCACAAUCUCAAAUGAUCUUUCCUGUCCUUCCCAAGGUCCCUCAGUCUCUCUGACCCCCCCCCCCCAUCUCUGUUUCACUCAGGUGGCAGGGGAAGAGGCAGUCCCAGCCCCAGUCAUGUAAGGUAUAAAAACCACUGGGGGAAACUGGGCAGGAGGUGCA